AUGCGGAGCUCGCGUGUAUCCUUCCCACACUCGACGACGUGGCCAACUUCGGGCCCGGUGACUUCCGGUGACUUCGUCAAUGAUAAUCACCUCCGCACCGUCUUAGGGCUCGUGUCGGAGACGAGCCGCUGCGAAGUGGAGAAGGCCGAGGAGAGGCGAUGGAGUAGGGGAAGGUCUACUGCAAUCUCUUCUGCAGCAACGACGAGUGAGGCCGUGGCCGCCUCCCCGCCACGGCAAAAGGCUCCGCGAUCCGCCUCCUCCCUGAACGCCUACACCGGCUUACAGUACCUCAUUGCUAUCGCCUCACACCCCGACGAGACCCGGGUCGCCUGCAAGAAGUGCGGUCGUGUUGGUCACUUCUUCAAGUGCCGCAAAUUCCUCUCCGUGAAGACGAUCGGCAUAGAAGACGACAUCCUGCAGGCCCCCAGCAAUGAGACAGAGGCGCAGGCCAAGUUCGCCGAAGCCAAGAAUAAAGCCUCUGACGCUGAUGAAGAGGGCUCUGACAAGGACGACAUUGGCAGCGAUUCCUCGGAUUCGGAUAUUGAUCCCAUGCUGGAGAUGAUCAUUGCUAUGCGGGGGCGUGCCAAGAGUCGCCGGGGCAAGCAGUCCGAGGAGAAUGACAAGAAGACAAGCCGCCAUAGGAGCAGCAGCACCAAGGAUAAGAAGAAAUAUAGGCGGAAGAAGCAUGAGAGCUCAGAUCAGGCUAGCGAGAGUGAUUCCGACAGGAAGAGGCACAUGAAAGAUAGGAAGAGGCGGAGGACACACCGCCGGAAUGAUGACGAGUCUAGAGGGGAAAGGAAGAGGCAUCGCCACCACCACAAGAGACAUCGUCACCGCAGGAAUGCACCUGAAUGGUAA